UACACGCAGCACAAACUGAAAUAUCAUUCACAGAGCGGAGCUUGCCAUCUAUCACUUAGAAACGAAUCCUGUUACUCAACAACCAGCUGGAUUACGCUGUACAGCUCAUUGCAAAACUGCAGCAAACUGACGCCGCAUUUUCUACGGAUAUUAUCCAAACCUUGUGGAUUAUUUUACUUACAACAUGACUCUGGAAGAAGUCGUUGGCUGCAACACCACUGAAAAAAAGAUGGAAACUGUAAACCAAGCUUUAGAAGAGUUGCUGGCCGCGGCACAGAGGCGACACUGCUUAACUGUGGGAGUCUACGAGUCUGCAAAGCUGAUGAAUGUAGAUCCUGAUAGCGUCAUUCUUUGCAUCCUAGCGACCGACGAGGAAGACGAGGGGGACAUUGCCUUGCAAAUCCACUUCACCCUCAUUCAAGCUUUCUGCUGCGACAACGAUAUCAACAUCCUGCGAGUGUCCGGCAUGCAGAGACUAGCCGAGGUUCUGGGCGAAACCGACGCGGAGAGCAACGGCAACGAACCGAAAGACCUGCACUGCAUCCUUGUCACUAAUCCCCACACAGAUACUUGGAAAAACCAAGCUCUUGAGGAAGUGGGCAGCUACUGCGCCGCAAGCCGCUGCAAGAACCAAUGGAUCCCCUACAUCUCAAUGCAACAGCGCUGAACGCAAACAACGGCGUGAGAAGGAGCGCACAGGGAAGAAAUUUUAAACAAAGAAUAAGACAAUGACACGUCACAUUCUUGGGUGAAAACCAAAAGUGAAUACAAGACAUACAAUAACCGUUAGCCCCGGCUGAGCUGCGAGGGUGAAGAAGCCGGACAGAGGUUAAAGGAUAAUGGGGGUGGUGCAACGCCACGGCUGUGCCGGUUGCAACUCGCAAUGGGUUGAGCAAGAGGACACGGCUGGAGGGCGUGGAAGCCGGAUUUGCUCUGUGUGUCAGCUGUUCGGCCUGUGACGGAGGUGGUUCCGCCCCGAUCCAGUGUCAGGAGGUGUGCAGAGUACAGACUGUUCCAGGACAAUUUUAAGGAACGGCGUGGGGCUGUGUGCCAAGUAGUUUCACAGAAACCGCUGAAACAUGCCUGGACUGACCUAUCCAUUUUUAAUUAUUUUCUUUUUUGUAGAAGAAAGUCUGACGAGCUGUUUUAAAUUUAACACAAAGCUUGCAAGCUUAAAUGCCCACUGCAGAGUUGACUCGCGUUGGAGCUGCCACACAUGUAACUGUACAUAACAGUUCUUGGACUGAAAAAGACAUCUGGUUAUUAAUUUAUUCGUUUGAUGUUGAAACGAACCGCUGCAGCGUAAUGGGAUUGAUGGGACGCUGUGCAAAAAACUUCAACUUGAAGUGUUAUAAAUUAUGCCAGUACUGAUGUGUAUUUGUCUGAAUUUUAAUGGUCAUUUAUGCAAUUUUUCAAUAAAUUAUUUAACUGAAA